AUGAUGACAUACAUUGUAUUUAUUCUAAGCGUUAUUUUUGUAGUUAGUUUUGUAGGGUUUUCUUCAAAACCUUCUCCUAUCUACGGCGGGUUGGUGUUAAUUAUUAGCGGGGCUAUUGGCUGUGGAAUUGUGUUGAGUUUUGGGGGAUCUUUUCUGGGUUUAAUGGUGUUUUUAAUUUAUUUAGGGGGAAUGUUAGUUGUUUUUGGGUAUACUACGGCUAUAGCCACAGAACAGUAUCCUGAAGUUUGAGUCUCUAAUAAGGCUGUUUUAGGUGCUUUUAUUGUUGGUUUAUUGUCUGAGUUAUUAACUGCUUGUUAUAUUUUAAAGGGUGAUGAUGUUGAGGUUGAGGUUGUGUUAAAGUUUAAUGGGGCGGGUGAUUGAGUAAUUUAUGAUACAGGUGAUUCAGGGUUUUUUAGUGAAGAGGCUAUGGGAAUUGCAGCUUUAUAUAGCUAUGGGACUUGGCUUGUUAUUGUUACAGGUUGGUCUCUUCUUAUUGGGGUGGUAGUAAUUAUGGAGGUUACUCGUGGAAAUUAA